AUGGAAGGAUUUGGCUCGCCACAAGCCCCAGAUGCGUAUCGUGAAGUUGCAUGGAUUGCGGAUAUUUUCGUCGUCGGAAUGGGGAUUGGUUGGGUUAUUAACUAUAUCGGUAUGGUCUACGGAUCGCUCAAAGAUCGUACAUAUGGAAUGGCUAUCAUGCCCCUCUGUUGCAAUAUCGCGUGGGAAAUAGUAUAUGGCGUUGUCUACCCAUCUACGACUGUGGCUGAGCAAGGCGUCUUUGUAUGUGGUCUUGCCAUCAACCUGGGCGUCAUAUAUACAGCAAUCAAAUUUGGACCUAAGGAAUGGACCCAUGCGCCUUUGGUGAUGCACAACCUGCCACUUAUUUUUAUGCUGGGUAUAAUCGGCUUUCUCACUGGCCACCUUGCCCUAGCAGCGGAGAUAGGCCCUGCACUGGCCUAUAACUGGGGAGCUGCAUUCUGUCAGCUGCUUCUCAGUAUCGGAGGACUCUGCCAGUUGAUCACUCGCGGAAGCACCCGAGGGGCCUCGUACACGCUCUGGCUGUCCCGGUUCUUGGGCUCUUUCUCCGUGGUGAUCUCUGCCUGGAUGCGUUAUAAAUACUGGCCACAGGCAUUUUCAUGGCUGGGAAGACCUUUGUUAAUGUGGUGCUUUUUCGUCUGGCUUGUUGUUGAUAGUUCCUAUGGGGUUUGUUUGUAUUAUGUCCAACGGUAUGAGCGAAGGGUUGGCUUAGGUGCCGAUCGGAAGACAGUCUAG